GGGACAUAUAUACAUUCGCCAUUUGUUUUGGACAACACAUAUACAAAAAGUUAACACUUUGAGACUCACGAUUCUGGUAUUUGAUUGGGUUUGGUUUUAUUCGGUUUGAUAACCAGUGCAAAACCAUUCCUAAACCAAGUCACACUCUUUCACAGAAAACACCCAACAUCUUCCCUACAAUAAUAGGUUAACUCCCAAUCUUCUGCUUCUAUUUGAUUUGGGUGCAGAGAAGAUGGAUCGUAUCGGAAGUCUCCCUGACGAGGUUCUUUCUCACAUACUGUCUUCCCUAACGACAAAGGAAGCUGCUAUAACCUCGAUUCUCUCCAAAAGAUGGCGAAAUCUCUUUACACUCGUCCCUUAUCUCGACAUUGACGACUCUGUGUUUCUUAACCCGGAGGAAGGUAAGCGGGAACGAGAUGGUAUCCUCCAAAGCUUCAUGGAUUUCGUGGAUAAGGUUUUGGCUUCGCAGGGCGAUACUCCCAUCAAGAAAUUCUCCUUGAAAUGCAAAACUGGCAUCGACACAGAUCGUGUGAAUCAAUGGAUAUGUAAUGUCCUCCAACGUGGCGCUACAAGCCUUGAACUUGUCCUAGAUUUUCCUAGAGAAGACGAUGACGAUCUAGAUUCCGAUUAUAUGUAUUUUCUGCCUAAUGAGCUGUUCGUUAGCACCAAACUGGUCGAGUUGAGUUUAAGAAGCGAGUUUGGUGUUGAUUGGUGGCGUGGAGGUAGUUCAAACACUCUCUUACCAAUGCUCAAGACUCUCUGCUUUGAAUCUAAGUGGAUUCUGUUAUGUAAUGAUCUCCAGAUGUUUCUUGCUGCUUUCCCUGUUCUUGAGGAGUUCCACAUGGCUGAUAUCGAGUGGCCUCAAUCGGACCAGUCCGUGUCCAGUGAAAGCCUUAUGAAGUUAACUAUCUAUGCCGGCGGUUUCGAAGACUUUCGGAAUCCGAAGAGGAUUUCUUUUGAUACUCCGAAGCUAGUUUACCUUGAGUAUUCUGAUUUUGUUGCCGCGGAUUACCCCAAAGUUAACUUGCCCAAUCUAGCUGAGGCUGUACUCAUCCUUAAGGUAACUGAACAUCAGAUUGAUUUAAUACGAGAACCAGAUGAUGAAGAUGAUGUUUCUCUACGUCUUGGAAAUGUGUGGAAGCUCAUAAGUGGCUUAAGAAAUGUUAAUAAACUUUUCAUUUCUGCUGAGACUCUUGAGGUACUCUCUCUAUGCUGUGAGUCGAUGCCGGUGUUCAACAACCUCAAAUCUCUACAUAUUAUUUCUGAUGCGGAUCUGGGAUGGCAAGCGAUGCCGGCUCUCUUAAGGAACUCUCCACAUUUAGAAACUCUAAUCCUUAAGGGUCUCUUACACCAUGUGACUGACAAGUGCGGGGAUGCUUGCGACUGCAUAUCUCGGGAGGACAAAGGUCGUUCACUAUCAUCAUGUCCAGUGAAGAAGUUGCAGAUCAGAGGGUUCAAAGGAACAGUUAGAGAGAAAGGGAUGAUAAGGCAUUUCUUGGAGUCUUUCCCAUGUCUGGAUGAGAUGGAAGUAUAUGCCGACCAGAGUGAUAAUGAUCCUACAAACGUGGAAGUCAAUAGAAUUUAUAAAAUCGUUGCAUACAAGGUUCACGCGGAGGACGUUUCGACGGAGACUGUGCUACAGUCGAAGACUAUGUCCCAAACCCAGAUGGAGGAGAUCUCCUCUCAGUUUACACCCCGCAAUAACAGAAAUAAGUACGAUUUUGUUUACAUCUUGCAUGGAUCUCCUCCUCCUCCAACACCUCAGGAUAUGUCUGAGGACUACCUUAAAGAACAGCUUGAUGCUGCUGAGACCAAACUUGCGGAACUUAAUGAGGAAUAUAAGGAGAGGCAACGAGUCCAUGAUGCUAUGUUUGAUGGAAUUGUUGAGCAGUACCCGAUGAUAGCAUCGGCAUUGAAGGCUCGACAAGCUGCAACAGACUCAGAGGCGUCUAACGAUCAGGAGAAGAAGCGGGACGUCGAGGCUCUGUUGGAAAUCAUGGGGGACCUGUAUCCAGAUUUUGCAUCAGCGCUGAAGGCUAUGCGUGGGACUGCCUUAGAGCGAGGGGAGCCGUCGAGGGAUCAGGGGGAGAUGGCCGAGCUCGACCAACCUACGUCCACAGCUGUGGCAGCAGAUCUCUUGCCACGAGAUGGAGACUAGAUUUAUGAUUGUGCUUUUAUUUUCCCGUAAAACUUGCAUAUUACAAAUUAUUUUUGGGUUUCGAUAUUUUGGGUAUUAGGUAUGUCGGAUCUAGGAAAUUUGGUACCGAUUAGAUUGUUUAGAAUUUUGGAUCGUAUCGGUUUGGUACCUAUAGAAAAUUUAGUUCCAUUUGUUAAAAUUUAAAUCUAUAGAAAAUUACUGACUUUAUCCAAAAUUACUAGUUCGGAUUCGGUUUUUUUAUAUCCAAUUUUUUUUUCAAAAAUAACAAAAAUAUCUUCAAAUAAAUGAAAAUAUGUGCUACCUAAAAAUUAAAUAAUAUAUUCAAAUUUAUAACUAUUAUUUUAAAUAUUUGAAUUAUUAUAAAUAUUAACAUAACUAAUAUUUCUAGAUAUAUUCUAUCCGUUUCAUAAUUGAUGAUGUUUUAGAAGAUUUUUGGUGUUUCAAAAUAUAUGAUGUUUUGAUAUUUUUAUGUUAUUUUUAACUCUAUUGAAAACUGUGUAACCAAUUAGAUGUUGUAAUCAUUUUUGUAACUGGUUGGAUGAUUUUUAAAUUAUAUUUUGAAACUACUUUUUAAGAGAAAAGUAAAUUUCUUAAUCUUUGUGCAUUAAAGAAUAACAUCAUGUAUUGUGAAACAGAGGGAGUAUAUGUUUACAUUUCGGAUAUUUUUGGAUAUAUGUAAUUUUCGGGUUCAGUUCAUGCUAGGGUUUGAUUUUUCAGAUAUAGAAAAUUAUGUAUCGUUCGGAUAUUUAUGUCGAAACAGGUUGGUUUGAAUUUCGGAUCCGUUAAGUCUAGAAAUUACUUAUUAAUAUAUUAUGUUUCAUUUAAGUUUAAUUAUUAUACUUUUUACUAUGUCUAAAUUUUAGUU